GUGAAGUUGAGACAGCAAUUAUAUGUAUAACUGUAAGUAUUAUGGCUUACUCUAGAAAUUUUAAUUGCGAUAAAACUCUCUUUAGCCAGCUCCAUAUAUUCCGUGUGUCAGCUCUUUAUCACACCCCAGAAAUCGCUUUACGCGUUGUUGGCUGUUGGCGGCAACCGCAACGACUCUUUUCUCCUUUUCUACUUCGCGUGUCGCCCUCCCCCACCAUCAGUCAUCCUCCACCAUCUCACCGAACGACCAUAUACCACGGCGCAAUCAUCUCAAUUCCACCACAGCCCUAAGGAUCUCAAUUCACUCAUACACGCAGCCGAGCAAUGUCUUCACCAUGGCCCCUUCCCCAGUCUUCACCACCACCAGAGGCCUCGCGAUCGCGAAAGCGCGGUCACGAUGACACCGAAGAUGAGGAUCAGGAUAUGAACCAAGGAGUACCUUCAAGCCCUCCCGGAGGAAUCCCCUCCACCCCUAACAAUUUCCGUUCUUCGCCCCCGUUAUUGGACGAUGAAGACGAGAUGGACGAGAACGAUGGAAUACUGGAUCUGGACGACAUUGACGAGGAGAUGGAUGGAGAGGACUUGAUGGACAACCCAGAACGAGAUUACACGCAGAACCUCAAGUUCGAUCAAUACGAAGCCGCCGAUAUUGACGAUGAAGAUUAUGACGAGAUGGAUGCAUCGACCCGCCGCCGAAUCGAUGCGCAAUUGAAUAAGCGCGAUGCCCUCUUCCGCCGCCGUAAUACAGUAUUCUUGCCGGAUGAGGAGGAUGAGGAGAUGGAUCUGUCGAUGCAGCCUCGCCGUCGCAGGAACAACUACGACGAAGAGCAGGAUGAAGAUAUGGAUGGCGUACUAGACGAGGAGCUUUCGUUAGAGCAGCUUGGAGAUAUCAAGGCUGCUAAUGUUGCUGACUGGCUAUCGAACCCGAAUGUCUACCGGAGUGUUGCAAUGCACUUCCGAAACUUCUUGCUGGAAUAUACGGACGAGCACGGUUCUUCGGUUUACGGUGCAAGGAUCAGGACACUUGGUGUGGUAAACGCGGAAUCUCUGGAGAUAUCUUUCCAGCACCUGGCUGAGUCGAAGGCUACACUUGCUCUGUUCCUUGCCAACGCUCCAUUAGAAACCCUCAAGAUUUUCGAUGAGGUUGCAAUGGAUGCCGUUCGGAUGGAUUACCCUGAUUACGAUCGUAUUCACUCCGAGAUUCAUGUCCGUGUCGCCGAUCUCCCCACCUCGUAUACCCUCCGAGAGCUUCGUCAAGCCCACUUGAAUGCCCUGGUUCGCGUGCGGGGAGUGGUGACCAGAAGGACCGGUGUUUUCCCUCAGCUCAAAUAUGUCAAAUUCGACUGUGCCAAGUGCGGUAUGACCCUGGGACCUUUCCAGCAGGAAUCCAAUGUCGAGGUCAAGAUCUCGUUCUGCCAGAAUUGUCAAUCUCGAGGACCGUUUUCCCUCAACACCGAGAAGACUGUCUACAGAAACUACCAGAAGAUGACGCUUCAGGAAUCUCCCGGUACUGUACCCGCCGGUCGUCUGCCACGCCACCGAGAGGUUAUCCUUCUCUGGGACUUGAUAGACUCGGCAAAGCCUGGAGAGGAAGUCGAGGUGACGGGUAUUUACAGGAACAACUACGAUGUUCAGCUCAACUCCAAGAACGGUUUCCCCGUUUUUGCCACGAUCUUGGAAGCCAACAAUGUCGUCAAAUCCCACGAUGAGCUCGCUGGUUUCCGUCUCACCGACGAAGACGAGAAGGCUAUUCGCGCUCUGUCUAAGGAUAAAGACGUGAUCGACAAGAUUAUUGACUCCAUAGCACCCAGUAUCUACGGUCAUCGUGACAUCAAGACGGCCGUCGCAUGCUCACUCUUUGGCGGUGUUCCUAAGAACAUCAACGGCAAGCACAACAUCCGAGGCGACAUAAAUGUUCUUCUUCUCGGUGAUCCGGGAACUGCAAAAUCCCAGGUACUCAAAUAUAUCGAGAAGACUGCCCAUCGUGCCGUCUUUGCAACCGGUCAAGGAGCCUCUGCUGUCGGUCUCACGGCGUCCGUCCGCCGUGACCCCAUGACGUCGGAAUGGACGUUGGAAGGUGGUGCAUUGGUGCUCGCUGACAAGGGCACAUGCCUCAUCGACGAGUUCGACAAAAUGAACGACCAAGACCGUACCUCGAUCCAUGAGGCAAUGGAGCAGCAGUCCAUCUCUAUUUCCAAGGCUGGUAUUGUCACUUCGUUGCAAGCCCGCUGCGCCAUCAUAGCCGCCGCAAACCCCAUCGGAGGACGCUAUAACUCUACGAUACCUUUCGCACAGAAUGUUGAGCUCACGGAGCCCAUUCUGUCUCGUUUCGAUGUUCUCUGCGUUGUCCGAGACACUGUCGAUCCCGCCGUUGACGAGCUCCUUGCCAAAUUCGUCGUAGAAUCACACAGCCGUUCUCACCCCUCCGUCGGCGGUGCAAACGUCACACCCACCCAAAAAACCGUCUCUCCGAUUCCCCAGGAUCUCCUGCGGAAAUACAUUCUCUACGCUCGGGAAAAGGUGUCUCCCAAGUUGCACCAGAUGGACCAAGACAAGAUUUCGCGCCUGUACGCCGACCUCCGUCGCGAGUCGCUCGCCACUGGAAGUUUCCCCAUCACCGUCCGUCAUCUCGAGAGUAUUUUCCGUCUUAGCGAGGCGUUCGCGAAGAUGCGGUUGAGUGAGUUCGUCAGUACCAAUGAUGUCGACUCGGCCAUCAGGGUUACUGUUGAGAGCUUCGUCCAGGCCCAGAAGGUCAGCGUCAAGAAGAGUUUGGCGCGUGCAUUCGCCAAGUAUACGCUGCCGAAGUCGACGCCGGGCUCGCGAGGUGCUCCGUCGACUAGAGGAGGAAGGAGGGGCGGAAGGAGGGUUGGUGUUGCUGCUUAGGAGACGGAGACCUUUAAUGAGAUCCGAGAUGCCUGUGAUGAGGAUCGAUGAAUGGAUGGAUGGAUACUUAGCAUAUACCACAACCGCUCUGUAGACGAAGUCAAGAAAUUCUGCUGUACCACUCAAGCUGUGAUAUCCCCAAACCAGCCACCAAUUCCUCAGCGCCAUUUCUGAUAGUAUCGAAACAUGUAAACAACGUCCAGUGAAUAAGUA